AUGAGCUGUUGUCCGGUGUUGGCAGGAGGAGACACCCAACAACAGGCGCUAAGUGUUCCUCAGCCUGAUAGUCUGUGGGAGGAAGCUUUCCUUCAGUCGGCAGUAAUAUAUGCUGUCCAAUCAGGUUCCCCGUUUCAGGGUCAUCCCGCAGUUCUGUCUGUAGCUCCGCCUAGUGUGGUUCCUCCUCCUCUGUCAUUGGGCGGUCCGUGUCCUCCUCCACCUCCCCCGCCAGUGCCGCCGCUGCCCUCUGCUGGAGCUCCGCCUCCUCCCCCACCUCCUUUACCUGUGGGCGGAUACGGGGCUCAUGGCUCCGCCCAGGAUGACAGCAGUGCCCCCACCGGACUCGCUGCCAUGAUCGCCGGAGCCAAACUACGGCGUGUACAAAGGCCUGAGGAAAACUCUGCAUCCGGAGCCAAAAAUGAUGCCAACCGGACAAGUGGAGGAAGUGGAGGACUGAUGGAGGAAAUGAACGCCCUGCUGGCGCGGAGACGGAAAGCAGCAGAUGAGAAGAAGGAUGAGAGCCAAAACGAUGAUCUGAAUCGUGGACAGAACGCUGCAGAUGGUGUGAAGAAACCCUGGGACAGAGCAAACUCAGCCGAGAGAUCAUCACUGGUGUCCAGGGUUCGACCGGUGGGCAGCAUCAGCGAUUCAGACGCGUUAGACUUCGACCGGAUGAAACAGGAGAUCCUGGAGGAGGUGGUUCGGGAACUACACAAGGUGAAGGAUGAGAUCAUUGAUGCCAUUAGACAUGAACUCAGUAGAAUUAGCACGACAUAAUGUCCAUAAUCCCCCGGUCCUCCAUCUUUUCUGAGAGCCCUGCAGAUCCUGCUGUAGCCGACCACUGAAGCCGCCAGCAGCGUUACAGCCGUAUUAAAGCAAACGCUGCUCUAACAUGUCUGCAACGUUGCAGCAACCUUAGAUGUGUUCAGUGGAAUGAAGGACACUUGCACUGACCUUACUGUUUUCUGGUACGAGUUGAUCUUCGGUGGCAGUCUUUUCAAAGUCUUUUGCAGAAACUGAAGAAAACAGAAAAAACGUUGUGUCAUUUUUAGCUAUUUUCAUUUUGUCAUUGUUAUUAUUAUGCAUAUUAUUAUUAUUAUUAUUACAGUAGUUGUUGUAGUAGUAGUAGUGGUAGUAGCAGUGUUUUGAUGUAGGUAGAUUUGUAGGAAUUAAUAAUAAUAAUAAUAAUAAUGAUGAUGAUGAUAAUAAUAUCUUGCACAUCACGUCAGAAAUAGCCUUUAAUUUCUCUGAGCACAUUUCUCAUUACCUCUCUCAGUACUUUUUAAAAAAGUUUUUUUAAACCUUUUUUUUGCCAUGAAAUAUGUAUUUAAUAGGAGUUUUUUAAUCUGAGGUGAUGCGCAGGAGUUCUUCAGUUAUUUCAGUCUAAUGAACAAACAUCGGAGUAUUUGUGAUCAUGUUGUUAAUAAAAUGUUUAUUGGCUGCAAGGAUGUGGUGACGUAUUGUUCUGUUUUAAUCUUUUCUUUUUUCUGACCAAGUGCUUCCUGGUUUAAAAAUGAAUAAAAAAGAUAUACAUGGCACUGAAAAGGAACUGAAAUAAACUGUGAAGGAUGUCUUGUCUUGGA